CACAGUUUGAAGCUCCACAGCGGAACUCGUCAUAACAGAUGCUCGGGGCGACUCUGCGUGUGAUCCAGGGAAAAGUUGAGUAUGAAGCUGAUACUAACUGGUUUCCUGCUCGUGUUCGGACCGAUUAACUCGCGUGUGUUUAUGUGAACUGUUGUGUUCGUCGAGUUUUGUUAAGAGAGAGUGAAAGGAAACCAACCGCUCGGCUUGAACUUCAGAGUGGAGCAGCAUGAGUCAACGAGAAAUCAGUGAAAACUUGAAGCUGGCCCGUGAGUACGCUUUGCUGGGAAACUACAACUCGGCCAGUGUCCUCUAUCAUGGACUGCUUGAGCAGAUCAAAAAGUGUGUGUACGCUGUGCAGGACAGCAGUUUGCAGCACAAAUGGCAGCAGCUGUGGCAAGAAAUUAGUGAAGAGAGCCAGCAGCUUCAGAAUAUAAUGUCCAAUCUGGAGAACUUUCAGCUGGACACGGCGCCUGCUAAACCCAGUAACCACGAUGAUUGUGAAAUCAGGCCUGUACACGUGGAGCAGAGACAUUCUCCUUGUCCUGUCAGGCGGCCUGCUAACCCCCAUAAAGAGAGCAAGCCUCCCAACAACCGGCUGAGCGCAGCUGUGAGGGCCCAGCAGAGGCAACGUGGAGCCAACGGGGACAGAAGCAAACCCUCCAAAGGCAAAGACAAGAAAGAGGGAAAGGAAGCAAGUGGCAAAACAAAGGAUGAUAAGAACAAAGGAGACUUCCAGGAGAAAGAAAUGAAAAAGUUCGAUGGAACAGGAUAUGACAAAGACCUAGUGGAAGCUCUGGACAGAGAUAUUAUAUCUCAGAAUCCAAACGUGAAAUGGGAUGACAUCGCAGACUUGGAAGAUGCAAAAAAGCUUCUGAAAGAAGCGGUUGUGUUGCCGAUGUGGAUGCCAGCAUUUUUCAAAGGCAUACGAAGACCUUGGAAGGGUGUGCUCAUGGUGGGACCUCCAGGCACAGGGAAAACCCUUUUGGCCAAAGCAGUUGCUACUGAAUGCAGAACCACAUUCUUCAACGUUUCCUCAUCUACUCUCACCUCCAAGUACAGAGGGGAAUCUGAGAAGCUAGUUCGCCUCCUUUUUGAAAUGGCCCGUUUCUACGCCCCCACUACAAUCUUCAUUGAUGAGAUUGACUCCAUUUGCAGCCGCAGAGGGACGUCAGAGGAACAUGAGGCCAGCCGCAGAGUCAAGGCAGAACUACUGGUGCAGAUGGAUGGUGUCGGCGGAGCAUCGGAAAACGAGGACCCGUCAAAGAUGGUGAUGGUCCUGGCUGCCACCAACUUCCCUUGGGAUAUUGAUGAAGCUCUGAGGAGACGGCUUGAGAAGAGGAUCUACAUCCCUCUGCCUUCAACCAAGGGGCGAGUGGAACUGCUCAGGAUCAACCUGAAGGAACUGGAGCUGGCCAGCAAUGUGGACUUUGCCAAGAUUUCAGAUCAGAUGGAGGGUUACUCAGGAGCGGACAUCACCAACGUGUGCAGGGAUGCGUCUCUGAUGGCCAUGAGACGAAGAAUAGAGGGCCUGACGCCAGAAGAGAUCCGCAACAUUUCCCGGGAUGAGAUGCACAUGCCUACCACCAUGGAGGACUUUGAGUCGGCUCUGAAGAAAGUGUCCAAAUCUGUGUCUGCAUCUGACCUGGAGAAGUAUGAGAAGUGGAUUGAUGAGUUUGGGUCCUGCUGAAAAAAAGGCAGAUGUCCAAGUUGUGUGUGUGUGUAUGCAUGUGUGCGUCACUGGAUUGAGUGUGUGUAAUCUGUGUUGAAUGGCUGUGUGCGUUUCGGGCUGUGGCUGUUUGUUUUGUUCGGAAGCAGCUCAGUGACAUGGAAGAGGGUAAUGUCCAUUACAUUAGGUAAAUAAAUGCACUUGACUAGAACCUCUUUCCAUUGUACAUUCUGUUAAUUUCCAAGUCUAACAGGAGACUAAAGACAGGUGACUGAAGAAUGAAUGGCUGAAAGUAGUAGUAGAUUUUUCUCAUGGUAUACCAAAUUGUUAUGGACUCAUAAUGCAAAUAAUUUGAAUUGCAAAAAUGUUUUAUGAUCUUAAAACCAGCAAACAUGUUCAACAAAUGAAAUGUAUGUGUGUUCCUGCAGUAGAGUUCAUUUCCACAGAUGUUGUACUGUUACUUUGCCUUUCUAAGUGUCUUAACGUUUGCUUUGUACCAUUGUAUCUGACAAUGAGAUACUGAGUCAACAGCCAAUCAAUUGUUAUCCCUAUUUAGUUAUUUUCUUUCUUUUAUGCACUUCUUUUGAAAGAAAGAACCACACAUGUCCACGAAAUUAUGGACAUGUGUGGUUCUCUCACAUUUCUGGAGGUUUUUAUGAGCACAACACUAGUAAGAUAUUUCAAUGAAUAAAGUUAACAAUUUCUAUGGAUAUAUUAA